UUCGUUGUGUUUUUAAAAGCCUGAGUUGAGAUUGACACGUUUAUCAAAAAUGGUUGUGGACGACAUCCAGUUCAUGAGCAUCCUCCAGGGGAAACGCGUCAAGCUGACCCUGAAGACCUCGUCCUACCUCGGCGUCGUCCAGAGGAUAAAUCCCAACAAAACGCUGGUUCUAGCUGACGUGGUUAGUGUCAGUGAUGGCUGCAGAUAUCCUGGCUCCAAAAUAUUCUUUGGGCGUGAGAUUCUCAAUGUGGAGUUCCACAACGAAACCGAAGGGGACAGUGGAAGUACCAAUGAGAGCAGACUGGAGGACCAGUUGAAUGUGGAGGAGUUCCAGCCGUACAGGAAGACAAUGAUCAUGGAUCGCGAUGAGGAAGAGGAGGAGCACAUCAACUUCGUAGUCAUCGACGAGCUCCAUGAGAAGUUUGGGCCUGCUGUGAUGCACAUCAAGAAGCAGAAUGUGAUCAGUGUGGGGUCUGAUGGACUCGAGGUGCUUCAGAAUGGGAGGCUGUGUUGGCUGCAGAUUGCCACUAGAAACAAGGUAUACUUGUUUGAUAUUCUGUUACUUGGAGCCCGAGCCUUUAAGAACGGCCUGUCUAUGAUCCUGGAAAAUAAACAAAUAUUAAAGGUGAUUCACGACUGCCGAGCCAUCGCUGGAUGUCUGAUUGCACAGUUUGGAGUGAAGCUGACCAACGUCUUUGACACACAAGUGGCCGAUGUCAUGUGCUUCUACUCAGAGACAGGCGGGUUUCUUCCUGACAGAGUCAGUAAGCUGCAGGAGGUGGUGAGUCUCCAUCUGAAGGUACCGUCCUCCCAGCUUUUGUCCCUUCAGAUGAAGUCAAAGCUCACCAAGGUAGAAAGAGAGAUGUUGUUCAAGCGCCCGUGUCCUGUGACCCUGCUGAAGGUCAUGGCUCUGUCAGUGAUCCACCUGCAGCCUCUCAGACUGGUGUUGCUUGAUACUUUGAUGAUUGACUACAUGACGCUGGUGGAUUCAUACCUUCACAGUAGCCACUAUGAACCUGAUGGGUUAGAGCUUGUCAGAAUGGAGAGUGUGUUGGAGUUGCCCACAGAACUCAGGCAGCUGCAGCAAAUGCAUCAGGAGCGACACAAGUGGGCUGCGGACCACUACCCCAUCACAGAGCAGGGUCUGCUGGCUCGCUUCAAACGCCAAACCAAGAUCCCAUCCCAGACCCCACCUGCACCAGAAGAGCACUUCCUGUUUCUCAGGCCUGGGAGGAAGGAACAGGGCGCUUGUCACACGGUAGUCACCGCUUCCUCCCUCCCUCCCAUCCACCCCCCUCCUCCAGCUCCCUCUCCCUCUCCUCCUCCCCCCCCCGCUCCUAAACUUCAGACAGUGUUGUGUCCUUCGGAGAGGAAAGAUGACUGCACCUUCAGCAUCACAGCAGGAUGCUGCCGACCUAUUUUUAGACCCAAGUCGGAAAGGGAGGGAGGAGUAUAA